UUAUUAUCUGGGAACAGAGAGUGUUGAGCUCACAGAAGUUGGACAGAGGGGGGGAGUUUCAGUGAGUGUGAAGUUAAAACUAAACCCUGCGCUUUGUUGGAACGGAUGCCCUGGAGACAAGUGAAGGGAAGGUGUUUGUUGCAAAGUGACCCCUCCCCCUCCCCCAGAAACCUCAGCACGAGGCCCCCGUAGGCCCUUUGUCUGCAACAGGCGCAGCUCCUAUUGGCUGGCUCUGUAAUUGAACGUAAUGCGGUCCGGCCAAUAGACAACGUUGGAGGACCGGAAGCAUUGUGGUCCUCCAGCCAAUCAGAGCUCCUCAUUGCGUGAAUGCGGAAGUUGGCCCAUUCUGAGGAUGUACAUGGCUGCUGUGCCUGAAGUGACAUCUCUCCAGGAGACACCGUCCGGGGUUCCUGUGUGUGGGGACUUCAGUUCAUCAUCCAACCUGGAGGGCCACAAGGACAACAACACCGAGGAGAAGCCAUGGCUGUGUGGGGACUGUGGGAAACGAUUCAAGUUCCCAUCUGGGCUGGAGACUCAUCGGCGUGUUCACACCGGGGAGAGGCCAUUCACAUGCUCCGACUGUGGGAAGGGUUUCGCUGACUCCUCUUCCCUGCUGCGACACCAGCACGUUCACACUGGGGAGAGGCCGUUCACUUGCUCGGUGUGCGGGAAGGCAUUCGGUCGGAUAUCCAGCCUUCGAAAACACGAGCGAAUUCACACCGGGGAGAGGCCUUUCAGCUGCUCCGAGUGUGGGAAGAGAUUUGUUCACUCCUCGUCCCUACUGUCACAUCAGCGAGUUCACACCGGGGAGAAGCCGUUCACCUGCUCCGAUUGUGGGAAAGGUUUCGCUCACUCCUCUUCCCUAGUGACACACCGGCGAGUUCACACCGGGGAGCGGCCGUUCAGAUGCUCGGAGUGUGGGAAGGGAUUCACUCAGUCUUCUUCGCUGGUGGCCCACAAGCGAGUUCACGCCGGGGAGAAACCGUUCACCUGCUUCAGGUGUGGGAAACGAUUCAGUCUUUCAUCCAGCCUCUUACAGCACGAGAGAAUUCACACCCGGGAAUGGCCUUUCACCUGCUCGGAGUGCGGGAAGGGAUUCAAUUCAUCAUCCAAACUGCUGUCCCACCAGCGCAUUCACACCGGGGAGAGACCAUUCACCUGCCCUGAAUGUGGGAAGGGAUUCACUGAGUCCUUCCAUCUCCUGAGUCACCAGCGAGUUCACACCGGGGAGAGGCCAUUCACCUGUUCAGACUGUGGGAAGGGUUUCGCUGAUUCUUCUUCCCUGCUGCGACACCAGCGAGUUCACACCGGGGAGAAGCCGUUCACCUGCUUCAAGUGUGAGAAGCGAUUCAGUCAGUUAUCUUGCCUUCGAAAACACGAGCAAAUUCACACCGGGGACAGACCGUUCACCUGCUCAGACUGUGGGAAGGGCUUCUCUCACUCCUCUUCCCUACUGUCACACCAGCGAGUUCACACCAGGGAGAGACCAUUCACCUGCUUGACGUGUGGGAAGGGAUUCAGUCAGUUCUGCAGCCUUCAAAAACACGAGCAAAAUCACACCGGGGAAUGGUCGUUCACCUGCGCGGAGUGCGGGAAGGGAUGUAGUUCAUUAUCCAGACUGCUGGCACACCAGCGGGUUCACACCGGGGAGAGGCCAUUCACCUGCUCUGAGUGUGGAGAAACCUUCAGCGAUCCGUCCGGGAUGCGGAGACACCAGCGGGUCCACACCCGGGAGAAGCCGUUCACCUGCUCUGCAUGUGGGAAGGGAUUCGCUCACUCCAGUGGCCUCAGGAUUCACCAGCAACUUCACACUGGGGAGAGGCGGUUCACCUGCUCUGAGUGUGGGAAGGGAUUCACUCAAUCAGCCCAACUGCUGGUCCACCAGCGCGUUCACACUGGGGAGCGACCAUUCCCCUGCACCGUCUGUGGGAAAGCAUUCAGGGAUUCCUCGGCUGUGCUGAAACACCAGCGAAUUCACACCGGGGAGAAGCCGUUCACCUGCUCUGUGUGUGGGAGGGGAUUUAUCCAUUCCUGCAAAUUAACAACUCAUCGGCGUGUUCACACCGGGGAGAGGCCAUUCAUAUGCUCCGACUGUGGGAAGGGUUUCACUGACUCCGCUUCCCUGCGGCGACACCAGCGAGUUCACACUGGGGAGAGGCCGUUCACUUGCUCGGUGUGCGGGAAGGCAUUCGGUCGGAUAUCCAGCCUUCUAAAACACGAGCGAAUUCACACCGGGGAGAGGCCUUUCAGCUGCUCCGAGUGUGGGAAGAGAUUUGUUCACUCCUCGUCCCUACUGUCACAUCAGCGAGUUCACACCGGGGAGAAGCCGUUCACCUGCUCCGAUUGUGGGAAAGGUUUCGCUCACUCCUCUUCCCUCGUGACACACCGGCGAGUUCACACCGGGGAGAGGCCGUUCAGAUGCUCGGAGUGUGAGAAGGGAUUCACUCAAUCAGCCCAACUGUUGGUCCACCAGCGCGUUCACACUGGGGAGCGACCAUUCCCCUGCACCGUCUGUGGGAAAGCAUUCAGGGAUUCCUCGGCUGUGCUGAAACACCAGCGAAUUCACACCGGGGAGAAGCCAUUCACCUGCUCUGUGUGUGGGAGGGGAUUUAUCCAGUCAUGCAAGCUGCGGAGACACCGGAAAGUUCAUCAGAUGCAGCUGGAUUCUGGUAUUCUUGUUGCUGAGAAUCACAUCCAGGACUGAGCUGUGUUCAUCUGGACAGUGGGUGAAGUGGGAGGGUCAGUGGGCUAUUUUGUUGGAGAGGGGCUGACGCUGUUUCAGCCUGGGACUGCGCAUUUCCUCUCAGAAGCUAAUGAACAACAUUUGUAUUGUCCUGCUUAGGAAGUUUGUCUACCACUGCAGGUAGAUCUAAAGUCAAAAUAUUGAGACAGUGGCAUUGAGAAGGAGGAGUACGCCAAUCAGCACCUCAGUUCUGCACCACCAUUUACCACCAUCAUGGCUGAUUGCAUCUCGGCUUGAGCUCCACUUUCCUGUCAACUCUCCAUAGCCCUGCAUCCCAUUACUAAUUAAAAAUCUGACUGUCUCCUCCUUAAAUUUACUCCACGUCCCUGUCAUUGACAGUGCUCUGGGUGACCGUAUUUCACAGAUUAAUGACACUUUGAGGGAAGUAAUUUCUCAACGUUUCAGUUUGAAAUCUUCCACUCCUUAUGCUAUGACCUCUCAUUUUAAUUUGCCCCACAAGGUGAAAUAUCUUUCCUCUGCUGAGUGAGUGAGGAAAAGAUGAUGACGAGACUGAUGUGGUCCCAUUUGCCAGCAUUUGGCCCAUAUCCCUCUAAACAUUUCCGAUCCACCUCUCUGUGUAAAUGUCUUUGAAAUGCUGUAAUUGUAGCCACCUCCACCACUUCCUCUGGGAGCUCAUUCCAUGUAUGGACAUUGUCCUCCAGAUCCGUUUUAAAUGUUACCCCUUUGACCUUAAACCUAUGGCCUGUACUUUUGGGCUACCCUACCCUGGGGAAAAGACCUUGGGUAUUCACCUUAUCUAUGCCCAAUGUGAAGACAAGGCAGUCAGACUCUCACAUUGACUGUAUUGAAGGUUCUUUGUUAAUAGAGUGGCUCAUUACUAUGCAUAUGCCUAAGGUAGAAGUGAAUAAAGUUGUUUUUUUUAUUGGAGCGCACAUUUCUGCUUGUAUUUAUUUUGAUCAGAGAGCAAGCGAUGUCAAUAUCUUUUGAGAGAGACUGAGAGUGAGAGAAAUGGAGUGCUACAGGACAGUGGUUAAACUACAGUUAACACUAGUACAUAAACUUAGGCACAACAGUUAACACUUGGACAGGAAUUUAGUCACAGAUGUGAUAGCAAUAAGAAGAAGUGGUGAGGCGGCAGUGCACAGUAUGGGGGAUCAGCUUGAGUGAGCAGAAGAUAACAGUAAGGAGCGAUUAAGAACCAGCUAAAUCCAGAUCCAGGAAACACUUGAGGCUAAGUAGGUGAAAAGGUGAGGAGUAUGUGGCCACAGGCAGCUAUGGCACAUGCGUAGUAGAGAAUAGUAAAAGCCAGAGCUGAACUACAGAUGGGGACGCCCACUUAGGGAGGCCCGAGGGAAUACAAACAUUGGCGCCUGAAUACAUAACGAAUGGGAUGUAUAAAAGAAGACUGCAAACUCUGUAUCAGGGUCUCUCCGGGGGCACCCGACUCUGCAGACUCGCAAUAAAAGAACUUGUCUCCACGACUUUGUCUCCAGUAGUUCUGUGAUUGUGAGCAUGGGUGUUUUGAUAAAUCUCACAAAUUUGGGGGCUCGUCCGCGAUCGCCACUCCGAGACGUCCGACGGCGGGUCUAGGAAAAUGGGGAGGUGCACCCCGCUGAGUUCAGUGGUCCCUGAAGUCCUGGCCUGACGUUGGGCAGUCUGAGCGAGUGAUAUCUGGACAGGAGACUCUGGAAACAAGUGGUGGUAGGACAUUUGUAGCGUGCUGCGAUCGAGCAAUUCUUGUGCACAGGA